UUUUUAAACGGGACCCGUCGGGCAGCCCCCAGCAAUGCCCCUUCCCUGGGCUUGAGGAUGGCCAUGGAGCUGAGAGUCCUCCUGCUGCUACUGCUCUGCUGCCCAGGUUUCCAAGCCCAAAUACCUCAGUCUAAGGAGAGACAAUCAGAAGGAAGCACACUCUAUGUCCAGUGUCCUUACACUGCACAGGCUAACUCCUAUCAGCCAAAAGUCUGGUACCGUGUGAGAUACGGUGAAGUGGAGUUCUUGGCGCUGACGACCAACCCAACAAAAUACUUACACACAAACCAGAGCACAAAUGGGAAUGUUACAAUAGAGGACAACCCCAUGCAUGGGACUGUGUUCAUCACCAUGACUAACCUCCAGACAGAGGACUCGGGCAUAUACUACUGUGCUUCCAUCUCCUCCAGUUACAGGUAUCUUCAGCUAAAGGUGGUCUCACUGCAUGUUUUCAAGGAGCUGCACGCGUGGGAGUUGGACAGUCUCUCUGUGCAGUGCAAAUACAGCGCCUGGGUGCACAACACAGAUGUCAUAGCCUGGUGUCGAAAAACUCAGACUGACUGUAAAGUUGUGGCGAGGACAGGUUACCCUUCAGCACAGCGCAACAGCAAAGCUCUGGAAGACAGAACACUGAUCCAGGCUGACAGCCAGAGAAGGACUGUCACCAUCACCAUGCACAAGCUUCAGGCCCAGGACACUGGUGUGUACUGGUGUGGGCUCUACCAACACUCUCAUAUCAACCUGAUAAUGGAGGCCAGCGUCAAUGUGUCCAAGAGGACCCAACACUACACAGCCAAGGAGUCAGGCAGCGUCUCUGUGCGGUGUCCAUACAGCGCCCCAGAGUACGGGGCUGCGAGCAAAGCCUGGUGCAAAGAGGGAGCUAGGGAAGGCUGUAGCGUGCUGGUCACCACAAAUUCAAAGCCCUCACAGUACCAGAGGACAUUUCAGCAUGGCAAACUCACGAUCCAAGACGACACCGAGCAGGGGGUUGUCACUAUCACCAUGGGGGAGCUGCAGGCACAGGACUCCGGCGUGUACUCGUGUGCACUUUACGAACACAAUCUUAUUUUCCGAAUGGUGGAGGUUACGCUCAAUAUUUCUGAGGUAUCAGCUGGAACAACUUCGUUAGGUGCUGGAGGCACAAAUCAAGGAACUCCCUCUGGCGACAACCCAGCACCAAGCUCAAAUGUCAACUUCUUCAUCCUGCUCUCUGGGAUCCUGAGCGUCCUGUUCAUCCUGGCACUCAUCAGCUUGGUAACACUGUGCGUCAGGCAGCGCAAGCGGCUGAAGGGAAGAGGUAACACAGAAGCAGAGGACAUCUAUGAAAAUACAGAGGACAGAGCACAGCUUGACAGCACUGGAAGAAUAGGAAGUCCCAAGGAUGACAGCAAAGACCUGAAAUAUGUUACCCUGAACUUUACAUCCCAACUCAUCCCUGAGGAUCCUCUCUACUGUAAUGUUGAACCAAGUCAGGCUCACAGGAAACCCAAAGAUGAAAAUGUGGAAUAUGCUAUCAUUGCACUCAAGCAGGUACCAACGAAUGACAAAGGAUGAAGCACGGAAUCCCAAAACAGUCCAGAAAUGGGAGAAAAGAACUGGAAUACAAAGUGGGAAUGGGGAGUAGAAGGUGUGUGGAUGGACACUGGGGAAAGAUCUAAUUUUUGCUGCCAUGAGUAUGUUGCCUAUAUAUUUUAAGUCCUCUCUCCUAUUAGAGGCCAGUAGAGAAUUUUGCCACAAGUGUGCUUGGGUUAGGCAGAGGUGCUGGGUAAUUGUCAGGAUCCCUUGCACAUCUGUUUUCCCCAACUCCAUUAAA